AUGGAUGAGGAUGAAAUGCAACAAUUUUCUUUGCACUGGCACAACCAUCAGAACAGCGUAAUAGGCGCACUAGGGCGCAUGCUAAGCACUGGGACCCUUACUGACGUCACACUAAGCGCGAGUGGUACUUCAGUGAAAGCCCACAGACUUGUCUUGGCAUCAUGCAGCCAGUACUUCGCCCAACUUUUCAAGGAAGUAGAAGCAGAGAACAACACGCUCGUGGUAGUCCUAGGAUGCGACGCAACGGAGUUGCGAUUGCUGCUUACUUUCAUGUACACCGGUGAAGUGACCGCGUCCAAGAAAGUGCUGCCGUCGUUGCUGCGACUUGCCCAGACGCUCAAAGUUUCCGGACUGACUGACGCUGACACGAACUCCACCCUGACACCGACUGAAGAAGAUACCCAGUGCAACUCCCCGAUCAAUUUAGAACUAAACAAGCAAGAACCUAACGAUAAGACCUUGGCCAGUGAAAACUCAAAUUGUAGCUCUAAACAAGAUGACAUCACAUCUCCGGUAGAACUCAAGGAACCUUGUGGAAUCAGCGAUUUCGUGGCCAGAAACGAGAAAGAUAGACUAAGCAAACUAGACCAGAUAGUCCAGAAUUUGUAUAGCACUCAUAAGAUUGGUAAUCCACCAAUAGCUACACCCGUGACACCACCCAUACCGACGCUAGGAGAUACGGAACCGUUUGACCGCAAGUACCGCGUGAACAGCUCAGUGUGUACGAUCUGCAACAAGCGCCUCAGCAACCAGUACAACCUGCGCGUGCACAUGGAGACGCACGCGGGGCGUCGGCACGCCUGUCGCGCCUGCUCACACGUGUCGCGGUCCCGCGACGCGCUGCGCAAGCACGUCGCCUACCGACACGCCCGUGCCGAUCUACAGAGAAGCGACAUGUGAUGUUUCAACUGGUUACUUGUUACUAAGCCUUUUUUUGGUAAAUGUUACUAUCAAGGCCAGGUAGGCGGAAUUUACUACUCGUCACAAAAAAAAUCGUAAACGCCUACUCAGGACUAAAUUAAAUUACGCGAACGUAAUUUCAGCUACUUAAUUCUGCUAAUUUAGC